AUGGCGGCUCCCUUGACAGUAGUCCUGAUUGUGGCUGCAACAAUCAGGGCAAUAUUAUUCAGAUCUAGUUUAGCUGAACUAAUUUCAGAGAGAGUUGAGGUGGUUUCUCCCCUGAAUGCCUGGAAGAGAGUUGUGGAAGGUCUUGCCCUGCUGGACCUUGGAGUCUCACCCUAUUCAGGAGAUGUGUUCCAUGAGACUCCUCUUAUCAUCUAUCUCUUCCAUUUCCUGGUGGACUACGCCGAAAUCGUUUUCAUGAUUGCAGAUGGAAUAACAGCAGUGGCAUUAUAUUUUGCUGUGCAAAUCUACAACAAAAAUGUGUUUAGAAAACAGAAGUAUGCGCUGGAGGCUGACCGGUAUCCUCACGACUGUCUGGAGUUAAUGCGCUCUCCCAAAGAGAUGUACUACAUCCCUCUGAAGGUGGCCAUGUUUUACCUGCUGAACCCUUUCACCAUCCUGUCAUGUGUGGCCAAGUCCACCUGUGGUCUGAACAACGCCGUCCUGGCUCUGUUUAUUCUCUGCACUAUCAAAGGCAGUGCCUUGUUGAGUGCCAUUUUCUUGGCCUUGGCAACAUAUCAGUCCAUCUAUCCCCUGACCCUGUUUGCUCCUGCACUGCUCUUCCUGCUGCAGAGGCUGUAUAUCCCAGUGAACCUGUGUAGAACUAGUUUCUGGCUCUUCACCCUGCAGUACGCCGUCAUGUACCUGGGCAGCCUCUGUGUUAUCGUCUGUCUGUCCUUCUUCCUGCUUGGCUCAUGGGAUUUCAUGCCAUCUGUCUACGGUUUCAUUCUGUCGGUACCGGACCUGACUCCUAACAUUGGACUGUUCUGGUACUUUUUCGCCGAGAUGUUUGAACACUUCCGUCUCUUUUUCAUCUGCGUCUUCCAGAUCAACGUCUUUUUCUAUACCAUCCCUCUCUCCAUCAAACUUAAAGAGCACCCGGUCUUUCUCACGUUCAUUCAAAUGGCUAUCAUCGCCAUCUUUAAGUCUUAUCCAACCGUUGGAGACAUCGCCCUCUACAUGGCCUUCCUGCCUGUCUGGAGUCACCUCUACAGAUUCCUGAGAAACAUUUUCCUGGUGUGGUGUGUUCUGUUGGCGUGCUCAGCUUUGUUUCCAGUGCUCUGGCAUCUGUGGAUCUACGCCGGCAGUGCCAACUCCAACUUCUAUUACGCCAUCAGCCUCCUUUUCAACGUAGGACAGAUACUCCUGGUCUCGGAUUACUUCUAUGCGUACCUGCGGCGGGAGCAUCACCUUAGUAACGGCCUGUACCUGAAGAGGAAGGAUGGAACUGAAGCCACGCUGGUGCUGAAAUGACCCCCAGUUUAUUCAGCUCUCAUUCUCUGUCCUCAACUUUCUUUCUUACUUGCUUUCUGUCAAGAAAGCAAGAAUUAUUCUGUUGUUCUAUCUUUUAUAUAUUGUUUGGGAGUUAUGCUUGCUUGCUGUCUCUUUUUUGCUCUGUCAAAUCCUCCUCUUGUAUUGUGGGUGCAGAGCUGCCACCCAUGGACCAAAGCCUUUUUUUUUUUUUUUUUUGAGGAAACUAUGGGAAGAGCGGGGUUGUUGAGAUAGUGGAGGGAGACACCAGUGCCUUUGUCCGUAAUCCGAUCCUGUUGGAAAUAUGUGAAAUUCUGUGUAGUCAAAAUGAGGUGGUGGGACACUUCUUUUUUUUUUUCUUCCUCCAGUUUUCAUUUGAGUCUUUUCUGUUUAACUUUUUUUUUUCUUACGCCUCUUUUCAUUUGAGUCUUUUCUGUUUGAUUUGCACAUCAAAGGACCUGUCACUGGAUCUCACUGAUGCUCUUUUUGGCGAAUACUGAGAUUCAGUACCAAGCAUCAGGUCCAGAAUGGCACUGGUUCUGAAACGGAGGGAAACCUGAGGGUGUACUUGUGCUUUAAAAUGACUGCAUUGGACAUAGAGAUUCCUGCUGUAUUCUCCCCACCUACAGACUUUUAAGUUCAAGUCCUGACCACUAGAAGGCGUUUGAUGACUGUACAACACACUAGACUCUAGUUCUGAGACACCAGGGAUCUCAGUCAAUAUGUACUAUAUGCAGUGUAUCAGUGCUAACGUUUAUGAUCUCUCAAGCACAGGUACAUAGUGUUUUUAUCAACAUAACUGUCCAUAUGAAAUGUUGUUCUGCCUGCGUUCAGCCUAUAGGAUGUCUAUAAUAUUUUUUUUUUUCUCCUCUCACAGGUUUCUGAAUAAUUGACAAGCAGGAUUUUAAUAGGGCAGCUUGGUGUUGAAUGAUUUAAGUUUGAAUGUGACUAACACUUCUGAACAUCUGAGUUUCUCUCCCCUUAGUUUGGGCUCAGAGCUGUAUCUUCAGUAUGCCAGUCUCUUCUCCACUACUAGCCUGUGUAUGUGUGUGUUUUUUAAUAAUAAAACAGACUCUACCUGGCCUGGUAUGCUGUCCCAUCUGUAAGACGACUAACUGUUAGCUUAUGUCCAGGUGGUGCUAAAGCUAAAUCCACAGUGCCAGGUGUUUGGCUUCCUUUUUCUCAUACGUAGUCAUGUGAUCAAUUAAGACUCAAAUGGCUUUGACCUCUCUACUCGCACGGCUCUGGAAUUUUCCACUGCUUGUUAUACCUGCAGAUUUUAUGAGUCUAUCACAGUGUUGAAGACAUUCUGCAACUGCCCCAUAAAAGACAGUAAUGACAGUGAAAACUGGUUCAAAAACAAAGCAGGAUACUAGACCAAGGUCCUUUUUUUUUUCUUUUUU